AUGUUGAAUAUUCUGAAAGUUGGUGAUAACCAAACAAUUGCGCAGAUAGAGUCUGCAGACGCGUCAUUCAUAGUUGGAACCGGAGGAAGAACAAGAAGAAAGCUCGCAGCUGUUUCCGGGACCUCCAUUACGAUUAUUCAGGAUGACAGUAAGACAGCCAGAGUUGAGAUAAAUGGAGAUGCAGCGUCUCGCGAAAAGGCUUAUCUAUAUCUCAAGUAUUUAGUACAGCAGAAACAUGGUCCAGUUACCAUUGAUGUUACACCGGAUUCAAGGGAUGACCUUACAAUAGUUAAUGUACCAGCUCUUUGUGUUGGAUAUAUAACAGGAAAGAAAGGUCAAGGACUUAGAGCAAUAGAGGAGGAUUCUGGUACUUUGAUGUUCUUCAGUAGGCCAGAGGAAGAGUGCCCUACUGACAGCACCCCCCCCAAUAAUGGAGUCCCAAUGAGCAAUGGCAAUAGUCAAUCACAAUAUAUUUUGGCAAUAUUUGGAGUUGCUAGAAAUAGAAGGGCUGCAGAACUGAGGGUUAUGUGUUAUAUUGAGCAAAAAAUCAAUGGACAUUUUACGAAAGAUUUGAAAGCGGAGUCACAUGAUAAUAUCGAGGACUUGGCCACAGAUAUUGUCCAUAUUGAGACAGAAGAUCUCAGCUAUGCUGUAGGGAAGGAAGGGAAUACAAGAAGGAGACUUUGCGCAUCCAGUGGGGCAAUUAUUGAAUAUGUAGGAAACUUUGCAUUUAUUCAUGGAGACUUAAGCGAGAGAAAGCGCGCCAAGGAAUACUUGUCAUGGCUUAUUGCCCAGAGAACAUCAACUGUCUCCGUUGACACGAGGGCUAGAGAAGAUGUAACUGUUGUUUCAAUUCCGCAAAACGUGAUAGGAUACGUGACCGGCGCAAAGGGAAGCUUUUUAAGACGUGUUGAGGAUGAAACAGGAACCUUUAUAUUUAUUGAUGAAAAUAAAGGAAAUGUCCUUGAAAGAGUUCUGAUUUUCUCUAGAUCAGCUUUCGGCCGUCAGAAGGCCAGGGACUUUAUUGAACGCAGAAUGUAUGAGAAGUUGUGUGGUUAUGCAGAUAACAAGAAUUUCCAACCCAAUGGUAACGGACUCUCAGGGCGAAAUAUGAACGGUAUCCGCAAGACUAAUGGCCCUUCCAUAAAUAACUCGCACUUUGAUCACCCAAUGAAAGGCAAUUUUGGUGCCAUUCCAAAUACAUUUCUUUCUCAACCUGGAAUUGGUGGGUUCGGGGCCCCAAAUAUGGGAUUAGGAAGAAGACCGAGAACUAGAGGUGGAGCGCCAGAUCACCACAUUUCUGACAAAUCCAAUGGGAAACCUGCGGGGCUCUAUGGCGGUAAUUUGGUCCCCUUUGGUCUUAGUAAUGGCGCCCUUUUUUAA